GACGAAGAAGAAGAAAGCAUAGUAAAAAAAAAGGAAUCUCGGGAGAAGGAAGGAUCAUGAUCCUUGCCGUGUUGUUCGCUAAUUCCGUAGGAAACGUCUUGAUCGAAAGGUUCAAUGGAGUGCCAGCUGAGGAACGCCUGACGUGGCGAUCUUUCUUGGUUAAGUUGGGAGCUGAGAAUCUCAAGGGCGUUAAAAACGAGGAGCUCCUCGUCGCCUGCCACAAGUCGGUUUAUAUAGUGUACACAAUGCUAGGGGAUGUUAGCAUCUUCCUCGUUGGCAAAGACGAGUACGAUGAACUUGCUUUGGCGGAAGCUAUCUUUAUCAUAACAGGGGCUGUGAAGGACAUAUGCGGUAAACCUCCAACGGAGCGAGUGUUUUUGGAUAAAUAUGGAAGGAUUUGUUUGUGUCUUGAUGAAAUCGUUUGGAACGGUCUUCUUGAGAACACCGACAAAGACAGGAUCAAGCGUCUCAUUCGAUUGAAACCUCCUUCUGAGUUUUGAUUUCUUCUAGUCCUUUUACUAAUACGUUUUUUUUCUCGGUCUCAACACAGUGUCAUUUGUUGAAUCACUUCUCUCUUAUCAAACAUUGGAUACUGCUGUUGUUUGAUCAGAUAUGAAGCAACUUAGUGUGGUGAUAGUUAUUGAAUCUUAACUUUAA